GGUGCAAUAUGAUUGGUCAGUAAAAGGGCGUCCUUGGAAUCAGCGCAACGGGACAGAAGUCUCGAUUGUUUUUAUAAUACUUGUCAUUUUUUUAACAAUUUACACCAGUUUGUCUGCUUAUAAGAACAAUAAGGGGAAAAACUAUGCCUCGUCGUGCUUUGCGCUGUGUUGUUGAUUUAGAUUUAGCUAGGGUAUCGGCUCCUGGUGUAUGGCUGCCUAGCAGAGAAGACUUAUACAUUAGUAUCAGUGUAUUUGGGCAGUACAGAAAUACUCGAAAUGUUACAUCCAUUUUUCCAAUGAUCUUACAUGAACCAUUUAGAUUUGAAAAGACAUAUUACACAGCAGUUGAUCCACAAGAUGUAGCAGAAUUUCUUGAAGAUGAGUUGGUUGUGAUUGAACUAUUACAGUACUCGGAUUACUCUGAUGGUGCCGUCAGACUUGCCUCAUACUCCACAAGUGCUAGAGAAUUUCUUUUCCCAUAUCCAUCUCUCUGUCCAUCAUACACAUCUGCCUGCAGGGAAAUACUCCUUUCCAGAACCAUAGCUUGGCCUGGUAUAUCUCCUAAACUUGAAUUUACAACAAAGACUGUUAUUAAAGAGUCACAGUCGCCAGAACUUGAUGCCCUUGAAGAUGCUCUAGAGGAAGAAAAGUUGGCAAGGCGUGCCCGCUCCAGGUCUAGGUCCAUGUCACGAACCAGAGGUCGUUCAAUGUCCAGGUCAAGAUCUAGGACAAGAACAUGCAGAUCUUUGACUGAGGACAUUCCAGACAGUUUGUGCAUCACAAUAUCUAGAUCUAGGUCGUAUUCCUCCGACUCUGACUCAGCUUUGGAGAGUUACGACUCCGACCCAUCUUACAUGAGGCCAACGAUAUCAUCUAUUUUUCGUUCCAGGUCCAAGUCUGGGGUACGUAAGUCUUACGCUGAUGAAAGUUUAUCCGACACUGAAGGUGGAAAUAAGGCACCAUUUGUUGUGCGGCAUUUGGAGGAUAGCUUAAUAGGCAGAAAACCUGGUGCCCCUGCAUUGAAGGGACAGAAAAAGAAGAAAAAAUCCAAGAGAUCUUCCUCCCGACCAUCAAGUGCUCUUAGUGGAUAUGAUAGCUAUGAUGAUUUACCAAGACUCACACCUCGAUUACAAAUAAAAGAGGUGAUCAGAGAUGCAUCAGGUUCCCUGCCAGUUUAUACAACCAAAUAUGUCUCCGAUGAUGAAGAUUUAGAAGUUGCUGAAUUGACCUCAAAACCAAGUUACCUUACAACACCACGUCCACGCUCUGCCAGCCCAUUCCUAUACAGACCAAGCUUCAGUAGCCGCUUCUCACGCCCAGUUUCCCCAGCACUCUCCGCUGCUGAAAGGCUUGAGGUUGAACUUGCAGUAGAACGUGCCAGAGCCAGGGCAAGAGCCCGCGCUCUCAUUAGAGCUAGAAGUCCAUCACCAAUUAGAUCAUACACUCCUUUAUCACAUUCAUUGAGUGGUUCACUGGAUGAUCUUGAGAUAGACACAUUGCUCGCGUCCAGGAGACAAGUUUAUCCGCUCAGUUUGGAUUGAAAAUCCUGAAAUUAUUCAAUAGUUGGGUACAUUUAGACGCGGGCCAGUAUUGGACUCAAAGAGCUGCAGAAUUAACUGGAACAUCUCAUAAACAAGUUUUUAAAGAUAAUAUGAAUAAAUUAUAUAAUGGACUUUUAAGAAAUGCUGUUAAUCAUCAAAGAAAAGUAGAAAAAAAUAAAUGGUAAAAAAAUGA